UUGGGACAGAACCCUUCCGAGUCCGAGCUUCAGGACAUGAUCAAUGAGGUCGAUGCCGAUAACAAUGGCACCAUUGAUUUCCCUGAGUUCCUUACUAUGAUGGCUAGGAAGAUGAAGGACACCGACAGCGAGGAGGAAAUUCGGGAAGCCUUCAAGGUUUUUGAUCGUGACAACAAUGGCUUUAUCUCUGCUGCCGAGUUGAGACAUGUCAUGACCUCCAUUGGCGAGAAACUGACAGACGACGAGGUUGACGAGAUGAUCAGGGAGGCAGAUCAGGACGGUGAUGGCAGGAUCGACUACAACGAGUUUGUCCAGCUCAUGAUGCAGAAAUAAGUGGACGAUUGUUAGUCGGUAGAAACGAAACUAUGGAAGUAGAUAUGAAGUCGUGAGAGUAUGGGUUAGGGUUAUGCCAGCAUUGUUUUUGACUCUAACUUUCACUAGCCCCUGCUUUCAUCCAACUCAUGCUCACUCUUCAUAUUUCGUUGUAGCGUUGGCGCCCUUUAGUGUUUUGCCAUAUACUUGUUUCUGAACGUUUUCCUCGCUCCGUCUCGUGGUGUUUUUGUUUCUUUCUUACACCUAUAAGUUUCCCCCCCUAAGGUAUUCCCAUAUUGUGUACGUUUCUUUGCGUGACACUGUGACUCUAUCAUAGGGACUGAAUGGCAGGGGUGUUUUCGGAUCGUAAUCCCGCUUGACGAAAGCCAUUUUGAAGCAAAAAAGGUGCAUAAUA